AUGACUGAGUCUGAACCGUUUCUUUACUCGAAGUUGGAGGCUGAUGACAAUGAAGAGCAGACUGCCACUGCAAUUCCUCUCGAAGAUCACUACCAUGAUGAUCCAGCUUUGACACCACGUCAAGAUCACGCCGAUCUGCAGAGAUAUGUUCCUCGAACUUACUGGAGCUUGUGGCGCGAUAUCUCCGAAUGGAUCUCAAGUAGAGUGGAGAAGGCGACAUACGUCUGGCCGCCCACGCCGCCCACCACCCAGGAUGUUAAGCAGGCUCUCAUUCAAGCCCUUCCUCGCUUAUUCAGACCUACCUCACUGCGCAAAACGUUUGAACCAGGCCCAACAGCCUACCUCGAUGCUCUACGAGGGUACGCGGCUUGGAAUGUCUUUCUUGCGCACGGUUACAAAGGCUAUCACUUCUGGUACAAACAACAACCGUUCCUAUCGGCCCUCAUGGCUGGUGAGGCCAUGGUUGCGCUAUUCUUCGUCAUUUCCGGUUACGUGUUGAGCUAUCGUCUACUCAUUUAUACACGCAACCGUUCUGGUGAGAUGUUGCUGGUCGGCCUAGCGAGUAGUACUUUUCGUCGGGGCAUACGCUUAUACGGCUCGACAAUUGUAGCGCUGUUCGCGGCGCUAAUUCUGGUUCGCCUCCGAUUAUAUACUGACGCCGGCAAAGGAAAUUUCUACUUUGAAUCAAUGUGGAUACAAUUAAACGACUGGUUCUGGACACUCUUUUAUUUCCUUAAUCCUUUCUCCAAUCAAAUCUGGGGCUAUUAUAAAGAAGAAAGUCUACAGAACAAAUAUCUUGGACAAAUGUGGACAAUUCCCGUUGAGCUUCGCGGCAGCAUGAUUCUAUUUAUUUACAUCGCAGCGACUUGCAAGCUACCUGUCUAUACUCGAAUAGCACUAACUUGUUUACUUGUGAUCGUCUCUCAUUACUGGAUGGUUCUCUACGUCGCACAAUUCUUGAUGGGUAUGCUCAUCGCCGAAUUCGCGCUGCUACGCUAUCCAGAGCGACUUACAGUAUCAGUCUCGCUCACUGAGCACAGAAAUGGCCCGCGAGAGCAAAGCGUAGCUUCAAAAUGCUUCUGGACGCUGGUGUUUAUCGUCGGCCUCUUUCUCCUAGGACAACCUGAUGAGGACACCAAUACUCUCGGCAUCUUUGGUGACUGGCCCUGGGCAUUAUUACGCUCCUGGCUUCCAAAUUGGCUAGGUUAUGGAGAGAAGAUAUACUGGUAUCUAGGCUUCGGGUCCUUCUUCCUUAUCCUUGGCCUUGAGAUGUAUCCAACUUUGCAAGUGCCACUACGAUGGGGCUGGAGUCAGUACGUCGGCGAGCUCAGCUUUGGGAUAUACGCACUACACGUUCCUCUUAUCUUCACGAUUACAAUUUACUGGUGGGAUCCGAAGGUGAGAGUAGCAAACGAGUGGGGUGACGGCUGGGGUGUUCUACCCGGCGCAUUGGUCAUUCAUGUGGCAGUUUUCACUUGUGCAGAUUAUUUCAACAGAAUCGACAAACGCGUGGUGCGCUUAGGCAGAUGGAUCCAAGAACAGUGCUUUGAGCGUUGGGAGAAGUUGUAG